GUGCACAGGAUAAUCUGGUUCCCCAGACAAGCCUCCACAGCUCAAGUGGCAGAGUGGGGAAUCAAACCUGGUUCCCCAGAUUAGAGUGCACCUGCUCUUAACCACGACACCAUGAUGGAGUGUUUGUCAAUCAUUCCAGUCCCCCAAUCAGGAGAGUUACCAUCCAUCAGGAUUGGCAGCUAGGGUUUCCAGCUAUGGUUUGGGAAAUUCCUGGAGAUUUGGAAGGCGGACCCUGAGGAGGGCAGGGUUUGGGCAGGGGAGGGAUGUCAAUGGGGUAGAAUGCCACAGACUCCACCUUCCAAAGUGGGCAUUUUCUCCAGCUGAUCUGAUGUCCUUGAGAUCAGCAGUAAUCUCAGGAGAUCUCCAGCCACCCCCUGGAGGUGGGCACCCCUAUUUAGAACUGAUCACCAGACUAUAGAGAUCCGUUCCCUUAGAGAAAGUGGUUGUUUUGGAAGGGGGACUCUCUGGCAUCACACCCUGCUGCGGGUCUCUCCCCUCACUUAAACCUGCCCUCCCCAGACUCUACCCAAAAUCUCUGGGGAUUUCCCAACCCGGAGUUGGCAACCCUACCUUGGCUAGAUCACUGGCAGGCAGGAGCAAUCUUUCCUCUGAGCUAUGGGGCAGAGCACCUUUUUUGUAGAUGUGUGUUGCUUAUAUCACAGGGACUGUCCUUGUUUCAAAGUGAAACGGAAGGUUGAAAAAGGGGGCUGGGUGCCUGAACUUAUUGAAUGGGGUUUCCAGCUCCAUGUCAGGAGAUAUCUGGAGAUUUGGGAAGCAGAGACUGGCAAGGACGGGUCUCGGGCAAGGGAGGAACCUUAGCACGGUAUAUUGCCAUAGAAUCCAACCCACAGAGAACUGAUCUUGAUCAUCUGGAGGUCAAUUGUAAUAUCGGGAGAUCUCCAGGGGUCCCCUGGCGGUUGACAACUCCACCACUGCACCCUGGUUUCUGCCUCUGGCUUGUUCCUGGUUUUGCUCCAGCACAGCUGCCCACCCGCACCGUUUCCCAAGAUCGGGCUUCCCCAGGCUGUAGUUACUUUUUAAUCCCUGUUAAUCAUCGACCUGCCUCUCGCUUCCUGGCCAAGUUCCGGCUCUGAGUAAAGAGACACAUAACCAUUUAGACUUUGGGGAUCCACAGGUGCACGUAGGGACGUCUGCUCCCGGAGGUUUGGUGCCUUCUCUUACUCUGACCCAUCUGCUCCUGGGGGGAACUCUCCUCCUGCCCUGACUGAGUCUGGAAAACUGAUCUGCCUGAAGGCGUGCAGGCAGAGAAGGAAUGCGGUUGCGACUGCAUCCCACAGGGCGUGUUGCUUUCUUUCUUGCUACCUUGGGCAAGCAGAGCCACUCUGCUUGUACUGCUGUGACAUAGCUCAGGGCGUCUCCAAGCACCAACGCAGGGUCCGCCUCCCAGCGUCAAGGAAAGGCCACUCUGACUGGGCGUUCCUACUUGGCAGGACAACGCCCAAGCUCCAUGCCCCGCCAGCAGUCUCAUUACCACUCCUCUGUUACCAGCUAGGUUCCCUCUUGCCCCGUGCUAAGGAGUUGGACGCCACGGCACUGCUGAGCCCGGGACAUCAUGGCAAUCUUUGAGCUGAACCCCCGCUCCCUGAUCUCCCCGCUGGGCAUUGUCCGCUUCUUUGAGAUUUUCUUUGCUUGCACGGCCUUCAGCUUGGUUGCCGUCCAUUACAGCUACAACGGUUCCACUGGAGACUGGUGCAUGUUCACUUGGUGUUUCUGCUUCGCCGUCACCUUCCUCAUCCUCUUGGCAGAGUUCAUCGGCUUGACACAGUCGCUGCCUCUCUCCUGGCCGGACUUCACCUCUGCCUUCUCCAUGCUGGCCGCUCUCAUGAUCUUCACCACCUCCGUGGUCUACCCGUCGGUCUUCAUAAAAUCCAACUGCUCGGGCACGGUGUGCGGCUACAAAGGCGCAGCCACGGCCAUGUCUAUCCUCUGCUUCAUCGCUUACGCCAUCGAAGUGGGAAUCACCCGAGCCAAAUCCGGUGAGGUCAGCAGCUUCCUGGCAACUGUUCCUGGCCUUUUGAAGGUGUUUGAGGCCUUCGUGGCCUGCCUCAUCUUCUCCUUGUUAGAGAAAACGGCGUAUCAGUCCCUUCCUGGCCUCCAGUGGUGCGUGGCUGUCUACUGCAUCUGCUUCAUUGUCACGACACUCAUCAUCAUCCUCACCGUGGGACGUUGCCUUGCCACUUUGCCCUUCCCUUUGGAGAAGGUCUUGGUGGGCUUCAACAUCUUGGCUGUGCUCAUGUACUUAACAGCGACUUUUGUGUGGCCCAUCUAUAGUUUCAGGAAUUACUCAAGACCUCAGCCAUGCAAUUCUUGUGUCUGGGACUACCGUCUCGGUGUGACUUUCCUGACUAUAUUCAACCUCAUUGCCUACGUUGUGGAUCUGGUCUACUCCUCCAAGAUGGUCUUUGUGACCACACCGGCAUAGCCUGCUCUACCAGGACUGGUAGAGCGGACUGUACUUCGGACCUUGUCCAGAACACAAUUGUUGUUGUUUUAAAUGCCUCAACAGCUUGUUCGGAUGUGGGGAAAUGUGGAUGGCGAGGGGCUGGUACUUUUACCUUUUACUUUUUUCUGUGUUUCCCUUGUCUUCGUGGGUGGGUGUGUUUUAGCAAUUGUUAACUUUUUGCCUCCAAAGCCUGUUUCAUUGCUACGGGCCCCGCCCAAGUUCCAAGGCAGCUGCCGCCAGGCCUUGGCGAAUCUUGACCAGGUGUUGGAAGAUUGCUGCAGGGUGUGCUUGCAAAUGCUCUGGGGAAGGUGGAAGGUAACAGGGAGGAAAAUGCUCUCUGUGUUAGUUCGGUUUUUUUUUCCCUAAAGGGUGUGUGAUCCAGAGAGGAGAAAGGGAGAAGUAUUUGGGGAAAGGGGUAUGGACCACGGGAAUGGGGAAGUAUCACCGGAACAAAAUCUUGUUGCUCUUGAAUGUGGGAAAAAGUAGUUAUUCACCUUUGUACUCAGUGGGCAAAAGUAGUUGUUCACCAUUGAGAGCCAGUGUGGUGUAGCGGUUAAGAGCAGGUGCACUCUAAUCUGGAGAACCGGGUUUGAUUCCCCGCUCUGCCACUUGAGCUGUGGAGGCUUAU